GGGCAGGUGUAGAGGCAGUGUAGAGGCGCAGUGUUCAUGCAGUGCUGUGGAGUUACUCAACAAGGUCAAGAAAGAGAGGUUUUUAGUCAGAGUAACCGCUUCCCCUUGCGGUGUGUUGCUAUGGUAAGACUUCCCUUUGAAACAGGAAAUGACACGGAGUGCUAAGUAAUGGGGCGUGAAGUAAUAUUGGCAUAGGGUGUGCUUGUUUUCGGCGUGACAUCCUCGUCCUCCGCUGGAUCGAUCUCGCGCUGAUGUAGUUAUGUCCAGCAAGAUGAAGACGCUGGCAGUGCCCACUGGUCAUCUGAUGCAGGCAGUUUCGGAUGGGGAGUUGAACAUGUCCAGGUUGUCUGGUACAGGCAGCAGCCCCAGUCUAAACGGCAGCUCUUCUGGAGGCGCGGGUCUUCCUGGAGCGGACGGACCGGCCAGCAGGGUGGUUAGCUGGGCUGUGUGCUUCGAGCGGCUGCUGGAGGACCCAGUUGGAGUUCGUUACUUCACAGCUUUCCUCAAAUCAGAAGUGAGUGAUGAGAACAUCCUCUUCUGGCAGGCCUGUGAGAAGUUCCAGAAGAUUCCAGCCACUAAUCUGGAUGAGCUGAAGAGGGAGGCUCGCUCCAUCUAUGAUCUGUAUCUGUCUGAAGCUUCCUUCAGUGCUGUGAACAUAGACGACACGGCCCGCACUGCUGAGAGCGACCUGGAGAAACCCACACCCGACAUGUUCAGCAAAGCACAGCAACAGAUCUUUAAGCUGAUGAAGUUUGAUAGCUACGCGCGGUUCGUGCGCUCUCCGCUCUAUCAGAACUGCAUGCUGGCCAGUGUGGAGGGACGGCCGCUGCCCGACCUCCAGCCCCAGAACAGGGGCUCCAGAGAGUGCAUCACAUCCAACAACAAUGACCGGAAGAGCAUGGAAGUGAAUGUAUCUUUACUGGAUAGCAAAGCAAACAAAAAGAAGAGGAGAGAAGUGGAGAAGAGAGGAUCAUGGGGAGCGGACGUGUCGUACAGGCGGGUGACCGUGUCCAGACAAGAGUCUCAGAUCUCAGUCAAGUCCAACAGCAGUGUAGAGCUGGGCUCCCUCUCCAGCAGAUUUGAGAAUGGCAGUUCGAGUCCUGUAGGCUCAGAUCCGGACUCCGCAGUCCGAGCGGAUAAGUACUGCUGUGUGUAUCUACCUGACGGCACGGCGAGCCUGGCUCCGGCCCGGGCUGGUCUGUCCCUGCGGGAGAUGCUGAGCGGCCUCUGUGAGAAGAGAGGAUUCCCUCUGAAAGACGUCAUCAUCUACCUCCAGGGCAUAGACAAGCCUCUCUCUUUAGACCAGGACAGUUCUAUACUCCGGGAUCAGCAAGUCCACCUGGAACUCAAAGUGACAUUUACGCUGGAGGUCGUGUUCACAGGGAAGACAUCAGGAAUCAUGGCAAAGUCUAGUAAAACUGUGGGAGACGCUAUCACGCCUGUUCUCCAGAAACACAACCUCCGACCGCAGGACGUUGUCGUCACUAUGAAUGGAUCAAAAGAACCGUUAAACUUGAGCACCAGCGUCUUACGUCUGGCCAACAAGACCCUCUGUCUGGACCGAGUCAAAAAUGCUGGUGAGGUGAGAACAGGUCCAGCUCCAGACGUGGCCAGAACGAGUGCCAAGCCCAGAAGAAUGCAUGAAAUGGAUGGUCUGGUGGAGAUGCUGAACCGAGCUCAGUGCAGUAGGGUGGAUGACCAGCGUGGUUUACUGACCAAAGAGCAGCUGGAGCUGCCCCAGUUCCUCCAGCUCCCAGACGAGCAGAAAGAAGCAAAAAACCCCUCUGAGAAUACGGACUGUGGUAACCAAUCAGGAGAAAAAGAGAAACGGGGCAUUAAUGGAGGUCAAAGCAUAAACAAACAGAAGAGUGAAGAAGAAUGCCAGAAGGGGACAUCAUUGUGAGAGAAUGUGCGUGUGUAUGAUUGUGUUGCACUUUUGUAUAUUGUGUGUGUGUGUGUGUGUGUGUGUGUUUGUGAGAGAGAAAGACAUACAAUAUUACAUACAAUGUUUUUCACCAGCUGUCAAAAAGAGAUCUAUCAUUAAAGACUGUGAACUGCCUUCUAAUACUGUAUUAUCUUUUAAACGUUUAAACAGGAGGUUUUUCAAAUAUAGCUCUUCUUCACUGUGCUUUACUAAUCUGUCAUUUUUAUAAAGAAAAAAAGACUACAUGCAGAGAAGUCUCUGUAGUGUGUAUUUAUUUUUGUAUUGUGUGGAAUGUUUUACUCUUAUGAUCAAGAAUGAGAAAGCUUUUUCCUAUAUUUAUUAUUUAGAACAUUUGAUACACUUACACAUGCCUUAUGAUGAUUUGCAUAUGUUGCUCACUUAUGAAUUUGUUUCACUUGCAUGAAUUUGUUGUAUUGAAAAGCAUGAGCUGUGUUUUUUUUUAAUGAUUUUGUGGUUUUUGUUUUGUGUAAUUUUGCCUUUGCUCUUAUGGUGUAAUAUUGAAAUAUAGUUAUGUAUACUCCUGUUAA